AUGGAAGUUGACUUGGAGGAGUUAUCUGGCCUGAUUGAGCACAAAUGUAGUAGGGAGGAGGCUGCAUUGUUGAUCAGACCGGUUCAAGGAGAUGAGAUCAGGGAUGUUCUCUUCUCAAUGCCGUCAAAUAAAGCCCCUGGACCUGAUGGCUACCCAAUGGAGUUCUAUAAAGCUGACUGGCCUAAUAUUGGAGCUGAUUUUGUCACUGCAGUACAAUCUUUCUUUCUCUAUGGAUUCCUGCCCAAAAGCAUUAAUGCAACUCUUCUAGCUCUGAUACCAAAAACUCAAGAUGCAGAGCGUAUGUUGGAAUACAGACCCAUUGCAUGCUGCAAUGUGGUCUAUAAGUGCUCGUUUGUGGAGGGGCGGCUGCUACUGGAAAAUGUGUUGCUGGCGACGGAGCUUGUUAAAGACUAUCACAACACAUCUCUUACUCCUCGUGCGGCCUUAAAGCUUGAUAUCUCGAAAGCUUUUGAUUCAGUCCAGUGGAGAUUUAUAGAAGCGACCCUGCGUGCGAUGCAUUACCCGGAUCACAAUGUGCUCACUCUGAUGCUAAAUAAAGCAACUGAAAGGAGAGAAAUAGGGUACCAUCCGAGAUGCAAAGAGGUUAAGCUAUCCCAUCUGAGUUUCGCUGAUGACAUAAUGGUGUUCACUGAUGGAUCUCCGAAAUCUCUACGGGGUACAAUCCAGGUAUUUGAAGAGUUUGCAAAGAUAUCGGGCUUGUCUAUCAACCUAGCUAAGUCGACACUAUAUGUUGGGGGAAGAGGUCGCAGCAUUAUAGAGCAGGAGGCGACUGCGCUAGGACUCUCAGUCUCUGCCCUACCAGCUAAAUAUCUAGGCCUGCCUCUUACUACAAAGACACUGACCCCACAUCAAACUUCUGGAGCUCAGCGUUUUGUCUACAAAAAGGGUGCCUUAAUGAAAUUGAAAGCUUGUGCUCGUCCUUCUUAUGGAGUGGCUCUCCGUGCUGCCACGGGAAGACAAAGGUGUCGUGGGAGGACGUCUAAUCUGUGGAACAAUGGCUCCUUUUGGGAUAUCAGUGAGUCGACAAAAGGCUCUUGGGUGUGGCGGAAGCUUCUGCGGUUGCGACCCCUAGUCUCUCAGUUUAUCAGAGUACAAGUCAACAAUGGGCAGACCACCUUCUUCUGGUUAGAUCAGUGGCUCCUCUUGGGUCGACUUAUUGAUAUUGUUGGAGAUAGUGGGCCUCAGAGACUGGGGGUCGGGCGGUUUGCUAAGGUGGCUGAUGUUGCAAAUGACUCUGGUUGGCAGUUUCGUAGAUGUCGGGAUCUCAACCUGCAGCAGAUCAUUGCAACAAUUGGUAAUGUGCAGGCUCCAGCUGCUGGUAAUGCGGACGAUGUGGUGCUUUGGAGAGCUGGACCUGGGGAGUUUAAUAGCAGGUUCUCCUCCUCCAAAACAUGGGAACAGAUUCGGGAUUAUAAAGAGAAACAUAAGUGGAGUAAGGUUAUCUGGUUUGCGCAGGGAGUGCCACGGUUUGGCUUCAUUACUUGGCUUGCGAUUCGAGACAGGCUAGCAACAGGAACGAAAAUGUUGCAGUGGGGUGUAGUGCAAGGCUGUGUGUUCUGUGGUGAACCAAGUGAGUCUAGAGAUCACCUCUUCUUUGCCUGUCCAUACACCUUCACGGUAUGGCUUGAAGUGGUGGGUGAUUUACUGGAAGCUAGUGCUGAUCCAGAUUGGGAGGCAACACUCGCACGGCUAGUGGAUUACAGAUAUGAAAAGCUAACCUUUAUCUUGCUGAGGUUAGUGUUUCAGACUGCAAUCUACUAUAUAUGGAAGGAGAGAAAUGAUAGGAGGCAUAAUGGAAAGCUCAAGACCACAACUCAGCUAUCGAUGCUUAUUGAGAAGACAGUCAAAAACCGGAUCAGCUCCACACGCUAUUUUGAGAAACCAAAGCUUUUGGGGCUACUUCAAAGGUGGUUCAGAGUCCGCUAG